AUGGACACGGAAUUCCUGCUCGGAAUCACUGAAUGUUUGGUCUCGACAGCAUUGUAUGGGUCGGCAUUCGUGCCGAUUAAGCCGUUCUUCUUUGGCGAUGGUAGGUUGCAGCUAUUAAAAGGAUUUUAGCAGAUUGAGGCGGCUAGAUUUUGAUAUAACCUCGGAAAAAUUGAUUAAAAUUUCCCGAGGCUCUGCUUUUCAUACUUUUGAGAUUCAUAGUUGCUACAUAGGUGGCCGAUUUUUUAAAAAUUUCAACUUCAAAUACCAACACGAUUUAACAAUUUCCAGGCGUCUACUCCCUUCAAAUCCGCAGUGUGGCAGUUCUCGUGCUCGGAAUCUGCGUGACAUGCGUUCGAGGGAGCUUUCACUUCUACCCCGUUGUGAUGAUCGGUGGUGCUUUUUGGACUAUCGGUAAGAAGAUAUGGAAAUCUAACCCUUGGCGUAUUUUACAAGCCCCAUUUUCGAAAUGCUGAAUUUUGAAUUUUCAGCAAAUCUGAUAGUCCUUCCAUGCAUUGGUGAGCUUGGAUUGGCCGUCACAGUUCUAUUGUACAGCUUUACAAAUUGCCUAACCAACUGGGUUACCGGGUAUUACGGGUUGUUCUGGACGAAGGCAAGGCCGCCAACGACUGUGUGGCUGAAUUACAUUGGGCUGGUGUUUUUGUUGAUUGGGUAAGCACGCUUACGAUGUAAAAUAUCAAUAUAAUAUUACAUUAAACAUAAGAUUAAUUGUCUGUCUUGUAAACUUUUUUACGGACCACGAAAGGGUUUCUUCUCUCGUCGAAAAAAGCCCUAGCUCUUAAUCAAGUUACCGUAACCUCUUUGUAAACAUGUCCCCGUCAUCAAUCACCGCCGUUGACCCUUUCAACUCCAACUACGCACAUUUAUUCUCUUUUAGCGGCCUACUAAUCGCCUUUAUCCGCUCGCCCCCAAAGAAAGCAAAGGCCACCGUGUCAAACAGCUCUUCGAUCCAGACAAUUGUGCCGUCCAAGACGAUCGACUCCGCCGAGUUCGAGGACAAACAACCGGAGACGACGAGCGCCGUCAACAAGCACGGCGCUCGAAGAUUGAUGUGAGUUUGAGAGUUCUUAUUUACCAUCAUUAGCAGUGAAAAAGCCGGGAGUAAGUACGAUUGGUCAAAAAGAAAAAGCAAAAAAGAGUCCUGAUGACUACAAACGAUAAAUUAGGCAUCUCUAAAAAUAGCCGGCGGUACUUAGCAUAUUGUCAUAAUAAACAUGACUCUUGUAGCCUACGAUGUCGAGAAAUCUGUCAAAGAUCACGCAAGUAAAAUCGCAAUUUUCAGCGCCAUCGCCUUCGCCUUACUCGCUGGGUUUUUCUACGGAGAAAAUGUGACCCCAGUGGUUCAUGUUCAAGACCAUCCCGAUCUCUAUCCAGACGCACCGCAGGACGGUCUGUCAUAUUGUUUGUCCCACUACAUGGGGAUCUUCUUGACUGCUUCACUUAUCUUCUUCGUCUACAGUAUUGCCAAGUAAGUUCUUGGGGAAUUCAUUUUUUGGCCUUAUGCAGUGACGGCCUUGAUCGAGUGGCAAAAAACGUACGUUUUUGCAUCCGGGAAGUAUCAAAAAAUUUAGCAAAAUACCUCUCUCUCAAAGUAAAAAAACGGAGUUUUUUAGUCGGAGAUGGAGGCAUUUUGCUACAUUUUUUGAUACUUUUCGGAUGCAAAAUGGUACGUUUUUUGACACUGGAUCAGGUCCGUCACUGUAAGGUUCAAAUCCACGCGUUGCACCUCAGAAAUCACUUCGAAAUUUUGCAGAAAGAACAAGCCGUUUGUGAGUGCCGAACUCACCGUGCCCUCCUUCUUGUCCGGCCUCAUCUGGGGCACGGCCCAGACCCUGUUCAUUGUCGCCACCAAGAAUCUCAGCCAGUCCGUUUGCGGACCCAUCGGAGCCAUUCUGCCCGGCUGCAUCGCGUCAUGCUGGUCCUUGUUCUACUUCAAGGAGAUCAAUGGGACAAGAAGUAUCGUUAUGCUAAUCCUUUCCAUCUCGGUGACGGCUUUGGGCGCCACAUGUAUUGCAGUCUCUAAGAAUCUUUGA